ACAAUAUUUUUGAAUAUAAUAUCUGGUGCUUUGAUGGGAACUUUUUAUGGAACAUUUAUUUGCACAGUUUUAAAUACUAUUGGAGCUGUUCUUUGUCAUGUAUUGUGGUAUUUUAGUGGAAAGGAUUUUCUAUUGAGUUUCGAAUGGUUCAGAACAAAAAUUUCAAAACUAUCUUCCUUAAUGAAUAGGAAUAGAAAACUAGGAGGUUUUAAAAUGGUUUGGUUUUUAAUUUCAUUAAGAUUAUUUCCACUGACACCAAACUGGUUUGUAAAUAUUGCUGGACCUGUUCUUGGUAUUUCUGCUGCUGAACAAACAUAUUCUGUAUUUAUAGGAAUGAUUCCAUUUAAUUAUAUAACUGUUCAUGCUGGAUUAAUUCUUUCAGAAUUGAAAAGUGUGAAUGACAUUUAUCAACCAAAAACCAUCAUAUUCCUUAUUUGCCUCUCACUUUUGUCUUUAUUCCCAGUUAUCAUG